AUGCCAAGUGAUCGAGACACUCUUCUAAGCUUCGGAUUCGAUCCAGCACGGAUUGAUUGGGCAUUGAAGGCAACGGCUGGGCGGGGUUUGCAGCCUGCUAUGGAUCACAUACUAGAGAACGAAGGAAAGCCUAUUCCUGAGACGGUCACCUCUACAGGUGAGGACGCAAAGGGCAACAAUGAUGAAGAUGAGGACAUGAAGCUGGCGCUCAGCAUGUCCCAAGAGGGUCAAGAAGCAAAGUCCAUCAAAUGCACAGAGUGUGGCAAAGUAUUCCGUAAUACCGCCAUGGCGGAAUUUCAUGCUGAAAAGUCUGGUCAUGAUCAAUUCGAGGAGAGUACAGACGAAAUCAAGCCAUUGACCGAGGAGGAGAAGAAACAAAAGCUUGCCGAGCUAAGACAAAAGAUGGCAGAGAAGCGAGCGAAGAAGAAUGAAGCGGAAGCUGAAGAACGCAAAGCCAACGAGGCUCUGAGGAGAAAGGCUGGAAAGGAUGCAGGCCAGAUUCGGCAAGAACUACAGCUCAAAGAGGCCAACAAAGAAGCCGAGCAGCGGAAAAAAGAGAAACUUGAUGAUGCAAAAGCUCGAGCUGCAGUUAAAGCCCAGAUCGAAGCUGAUAAGAAGGCAAGGGCUGAAAAAGCAGCGAAGGAGAAGGCGCUGCGAGAGGGUCAGGCCUUGCCAGUGGCGUCCACCUCUACCGCGAGUUCGCAGCCUGCUGCCGCACCAGGAGCCAAGAAGGAAUAUCCUGAGACGAGGCUCCAGCUCCGACUCUCCACUGGUGGCGCCCCGUUGACUGUAACCCUGCGUAGCGAACAGACAUUGCAAGAUGUUGCCGAAUACGUCGCCUCGCAGUCCCUUAGCUUUGACGUAGAGACAGUAAACUUUGCAACGACAUUCCCGAGAAAGGUAUACACUCGUGCGGAUUGGAGCAAGACGCUCAAGGAACUUGGACUGACUCCUUCUGCGGUUCUUAUGGUCUCCUAG